ACCGUCAGUAAGUCCAGCAUCAACCCUCGAAGCAGGUUCAUCGGUCCGUUCAGUGUAGGUCCGUACGUCGUUUGAGCAAGAGAGGAGUUUGUGCUGCACAAAAUUUUACGGUAAAUAUCUAAACGGAGCGAAUCUAAACGAAGCGGAGACUGAUCGGCGUUAAAGGUUGGCAUGCAUGGGGAGAAAAACAAUCUCUUACUUGUCAUAAAUGUUAGUUCCUGAGAAAGAGGGAGAGAGAGAGAGAGAGAGAGAGGUGUGCUUGAUGAAAGCUCGAAUAAUGAUAUUAAUUUCGUGACACUAUUUCUGUACAAAGUGAGUGAUAUAGAUGAACAUGAUACCCAGAAUCGCGGCUAGAUAACAUUUGGACGUUUGUGUAAAACAAUAAUUGUAUUAUGACUUGAAAAUAGAACAUGCGUCGAUAAAUAAAGAAAAAGAAAACAUCUAAGAUUGACAAUACACAAAAAUUUGCAGACUUUGAGAUACGAGAUUUUCUUUCGAUAACAAUACAGAUUUUAUAUAAUUAUAUUAGCAUCAGUAAGAAAAUUAAUAAUCCAUAAAACUUAUUUAUAUUCGCAGUAACGUUGCUUCUUGUUAUAGAAUUUGAAAAUCCAAAUAUUUGUUCCUAGAUUAGAUCAUAGUAUGAUCUCAGGAAAUAAUAUUGAUGUAUCGUUCCGCUGGCAAUCCGUUGUUUGUGACCGUUAUAUGGUUUCAUGUUUGUUUACAAGACUUAGGCCCGGUUCCAUCAAAGUCGCUCAACUUUAAUCGUAGUUUAACUCACUCUUCGUCUCUUUCUAACUAUUCGCCUUAGAAAGAGACAAAGAGUGAGUUAAACUACGGUUACAAUUAAGCGACGUUAGUGGAACUGGGCAUUAGUAGAGGUUGGACAGGGUUUUGUGCUUAAACGGGAUUUAUAAAAGAGCCAUUCGUAAAGCAAGUGUUUAAGUAAACAUAAAUUCUUCUCAGCAAUUACCAGAAAAAAAACCGUUGACCAUCCGAUGGGCGUAAUGCAGAUGACCGAGAAUACCGCAAAGGAGCGUAUUGAGACUUUAUUCAAGGCAGCUCAUCGUUCCGGCCGUCGGAUGUGGAGCCAAGAGCGUUAUAAGAUACUCUGCAUGUACGAUCUGCAAAUGGACACGGAGAAAAUGCGCAAGCAACUAAUCCCUGAGUGGAAGCAGAUGCCUCUUGAACAAAAGUUGUCCUAUAUCCAUAGGGCGAUAAUGAACAAGACGUACCGGAUAAAGCGGCGCUCCUCGUAUCCAUGCAUAAGUUCCAAAAGCAGCGUCCUGACUGAUGAUGACGUUGUACAUCAAUCGGAUAUCGUUAACAACAAUAAUGACAAUAACAAGAACGACUCACAGCAGGACAUCUCAUCCGACGACGAUUCUAAUGCGUUGACUAACGGUAACUCUGAUAAUUCUGAUUCGAACCCGAUGUCACCAAUUUGGGACAUCCCGAUAACGAGUCCACUCUGCUCGACCAACUCGAACCACGAACAGGAUCCUUUGUCGUUAUUGAUAUACCCCGACAUCGCAAUUGACGAAGAUUACGAUUUUGCCUGCGAUCUUGACUGUUCGAUAUGUGCCCCGUUUAUAAGAUACGAAUGCAGCAACAUGUCGUAGCGUUCAUUCAUAUCGAAAUAGUACAAUCAAUAAUUAUAAAUAUUACAAUAAUUUCAACAGUAGUACAAUUAAUAAUUAACGAAAAGGUAACUAGUUCAAUU